UGCGCGCUUCAUUUCUUGCACGUUUAACUGUUGAAACAAACGAUUGUAAAAUGCACAGAGGUUAUCAAAAUAUCACUCCCGCCAACAACAAAGUUCUAAAGAAACUUUGGGAUGACACACGUUACAAUCAGCACCGAACGAACAUCCUGUUCGCUGAAGGGCGUAUCGACAAUGCUGCCCCGAAGACUUACAUGCACCUCCACUUGAAACUGAAGAAGCUUCAAAUGGAAGAGGAGCGGCUGGCUACUGUAGAGCGAGACAACAGAAUACUCCUCCACAAAAUGAGCAACGUGAUGAGAACAAAAGGAACUGUGGACAACCACAUAGACAACAAGUACAUCCACAAGAGUCUGAACAAGGUAAAACGUCAGCGGGAACUAGAGAAGAUAGCGUUUGAGAACAAGGCUAUUCACAAGAGGAUUAACUCGCAAGGGACACGGUACUGCAAAGAAGUGUGGUUGGAUGAAUGGCAGGUUAACGAGCGGUAUAUGGCGAACAUCUGUACCUUCCCCCAGUUCUGGUACGAUCGACAAGCUGAACAGGACAAGCCUUUCUUCAAGGAGCUGAAGCAGGAGGCGUGUCUGAGACUUGGACAGGCUAAUAGGCAGUUUCAAAAGGAUGUGACGUUCCACAAGAAGCAGCAAUACAAACACAACCAACAAAGGAGUCGGGAGAAGAAAAUACGAAAAGAGAAGGCGGCUAGAGAAAAGAGGGUCGCUCUAGAGCUAGACUUCAUCAAGAAACUCAAGGGGUUGUCGAUAAAAAAGUUCAACAACCUUUACGGAUCCCAAAAGCCCGGCAAGAACUUCUCUCAGCCCACUGCAGCACUGCUCCCACCCAUCGAGAAUGAAUCGUCGUAAAAUCUUACCGGACGAUUUGAUCAGCUUACUUGUUUUAUGAUUCAAUAGAAUUUCACGACGCUGGCCGCUUUCAAAAUAACGAUAUUGAAUUCCUACUAUUUAUUUGAUGAAAUUAUAUAUCGUGGUAUCUCGUUCUCAA